AAAUAUUAUCAGUUGAUCUAAGUUUUAAGUAAUAAUAAUUAUGCUCUGUGUCAGAAAACUGAAGCGAAAACUUGUGAUAUCCGAAACCAAAACGAAACAAAAACGUAUGAACUGUCUGAUAACCGCAGAUGAUUAUUGAUUGACGUCGCUUUUAAAGUGUUACUAAUUUUAACCAAAUUAGUUUCAAUAAUAAUCUUACAACCUAUAUCUUAAAUACAUAAGGAUGACAUCAGUAAGAACUUGUCCCGGAUUAUAUUGUGGUCGUACAGAGCUAGUUGAUAAUACUUGGAGUGAUUGUGGUGCCUGCCCUCGAGGCUUUCGUACAAAUGCCUCCAGCUAUUGCGUGGAGUGUACCGAUGAGCCCACAUUAUACGACUGGCAAUAUCUUGGUUUUAUGGUUCUCCUACCACUUGUGCUACAUUGGUUCUUUAUAGAUAUGGUAGCAACCGGAAAAAAAAAGAUAACAACUGUAUCACAGCACUUUUGUGCGCUAUCUGAAAUUAUCUGUGGGACUUUAGCUGCAUUGUUGGUACUUCCUCCAGCAGGUUCCCUUGCUUUGUAUGUGUGCACCCCAAAAGCCUUGUCUGACUGGUAUACCUUGCUGCAUAACCCUCAACCAGAUUAUAAGGAGACACUUCAUUGUACACAGGAAGCAGUGUAUCCAUUAUAUACAAUAGUUUUGCUUAUUUAUGCAUUCAGUUUACUCCUUACGGUAACUUUAAGGCCAAUACUUCUCAUUUGGCUGAAGAAUAACUCUGGGAAAAAGGCUAUAUACUGUGCCCUUUAUUUCUAUCCCAUUCUGGUUCUCACACACACAGUUGCUGCUGGAUUGAUAUAUUGUGCAUUCCCAUACAUUAUUAUAAUAAUAUCAAUGAUGACUUCAGCAUCUCACUUCUCAAUCAAGAUAGAUCAAUCUGCUCCAGCUCUUCUAAUAUCUUCGAUAAAGAACACAAGAAAUCUUAUAAUACUUUUAGGUCAUUGGACCAUACACGCGUAUGGCAUUAUUUCUCUUACUGGAUUCAAAGAACUAUGGUACCUUACACUAGUUCCGGCACCAGCUCUGUUUUAUAUACUAACAGCACAGUUUUCAGAUCCUUUGAAAAUUCAUAAUGAUUGACUAGUACAAAGCACGUUAGAAAAAAUGGUGCUAUUUUGAUGUUUAACUAGUCAAGCGAGUGACGGACUUGAUGAAUGGCAAUGAUUAGUGAAAUGUAAAGAAAUAAAGGGCUGAAUAAGGGCCAAUAACAUCGGGUUUCCUUAUAUAAGCAAGACUUUAUAACCAGCAAAUUACUUGAUCACAACAUACAUGUGUAAGUGCAAUAUUCCACCAAAUACCAUGAGACAUUCUUGACAGUCUUAAGACAUUCAUGAGAAUUAACUCAAAAUGUUUUUAUGGUCAUAACUGAACCUGUGACUACUGUCUUAAGAAUUUGCAUCUUAAUUAAAAUAACUGAUUUUGUGAUAAAGUUAAUUUGUAAAUGAUCAGAUUAAUUUUGCAGUUAUACUUUUAACUCGUUAGGUGAGUAUAUUGAGAGUAAUCGAUUGCGCGUGAUUUUUACGUGCGCGCAUACCAUCGCCAAAAACCGACACCCUGAUGUUAGUUAACCUAUAGUCAAUAUUUUAGUUUUUUCUAUUGUUAGUGUCGCUUUUCCUACUAACGUUCUAUCUUGUUAUGUCAAAGUAUAACUUCUAACGCAUGUAUGUUAGUAUACACGUUUUUUUAUUGUCAUAAAAUUGAGUUAAAGCACUGUGUGUCACUAACUAAGUAAAUGCAAACAUUCCUCAAUAAAUAUUGCAAUCACUUUCGUCCAAAACCUUCCUAAAAUUUAAAUAUCAUUUUUUUAAAUGUUUACACCUGACUUCCUGUUCUUUUGUUAGUGGCAUGUUCUUUAAGUAUUUAUCUGUGGUAUCUUCAGUUUUGACGUAAUAGACUUAGAGAAAAACAAAAAUAAACUGUAGGUUGCGGGAAGCACUCUACGCGCGCCCUUUAAAAUAAAGGAGGAAUUGCACUGUCUGCAACAGUAUUCAUGUCGUCAACUACAAAAUAUAUUAAAUGUAUGGGGAAUGUUGUUAAAGGUGACUGAGUCUUUUAAUAUGAAAAUGGCCAAGUGAUA